UGCCCACCAGACGCCGACACAGCAGAGAGAGGGGAGGAGAGAUGGCGGCGGAUGUAGGGAAGGGAGCCGCUGGUAGACGCGCGCGGGAUGCCCAGAGCGUGGCCGAGGAAGCGCCGUGAGGGCGCCGUCUCGAGGUGAAACCGUCCACCUUCCCCAGCCCGCCCCCGCUCGUGCCCCACAGCACACCGGAAAGAGAGCGCUGCCCCCCCCACCCGAUCCGUCCGACCGUCCGUCCAUUCUCCGAGCGCCGCUCAGCGCCGUCCAGGUCCACCGCGGACUGCUCGCCCGCCGGGAAGCUUUCUGGCUAUUAUGCCGAGCUCCUCCGCACCUCCCCGCCGCCUUAGCGGCGUCUUCGCCGCCCGGAGCUAAUGCAGCGCCUUCUCCUGGCUCCCUCCGCUCCUGCCUCCUAGGGCCGCGCCGGGACCCGUGGGCCGCCCAGCCAUGUAUUUCCUGAGCGGGUGGCCCAAGAGGCUGCUGUGCCCUUUGAAGGCUCGGGAGCCCCCGCUCCGUAUCCAGGCGGACCCUCUGAGGACUUUGUUCGCCGUGCUGUCCGCGUCUCAGCUCAGCAUCUGGCACAACAGGCCCAGUGUAUUAAUUGUAAGCUAUGAAGAAUUGCCAAAAGCAGCAUUGCAAUUUGGACCCUAUGAUCAAGUUGAAUGGAGGUCUGAUAGCACCAUGAUAGCUGUUUCGACUGCAAAUGGCUACAUCUUGUUUUUUAAUCUUCCAUCAGCAAGAGAGAAGUACCUUUAUGAGCCGGUUUAUCCGAAAGGAAGCCCGCAUAUGAAGGGAACACCACACUAUAAGGAAGAACAGUGUGCUCCAUCAUUGAAUCUAGAGAAGAAGCAAGUGUUGGACUUGCAGGCAUCUAUAACCAGUUUACAGUCCAUGUUGGAGGACCUGCUUGUUGCUACUGCUGAUGGUUUGCUCCAUCUUAUUCACUGGGCUGGCAUGACAAACGGAAGAAAAGCCAUAAACCUCUGUACAGUACCAUUUUCUGUGGACCUACAUUCUUCCAGAGGUUCUUUUUUGGGUUUUGAAGAUGUGCAUAUCAGAGAGAUGGAAUACUGUGCUACUCUUGAUGGGUUUGCUGUUGUGUUUAAUGAUGGUAGAGUCGGAUUUAUUACACCAAUGUCAAGUGGAUUCACAGCAGAGCAGCUCCAUGGCAUUUGGGCACAAGAUGUUUUGGAUGGAACCUGUGUGGCUGUAAACAACAAAUACAGAUUAAUGGCAUUUGGAUGUGCAAAUGGUUCAGUGCAAGUAUAUACGAUAGAUAAUACCACAGGGGCCAUGCAGCUGUCUCAUAAACUGGAGCUGACACCCAAACAAUACCCUGAUAUUUGGAACAAAACAGGAGCUGUUAAACUAAUCAGAUGGUCUCCUGAUAGUUGUGUUGUUGUGGUGACCUGGGAAUGUGGAGGCCUUUCCAUAUGGAGUGUAUUUGGUGCCCAGCUUAUCUGUACCUUAGGAGGAGACUUUGCUUAUCGGUCUGAUGGUACCAAAAAAGACCCUCUAAAAAUCAACUCUAUGAGUUGGGGAUCAGAAGGGUAUCAUCUAUGGGUGAUAGACGUAAAUAGUUCUUGGAAUACAAUGACAGCAAGAGAGUGCAAAACUGAACCACAGCAGUUUAGCAUUUUGCAAUUCCAGUUCAUCAAGAGUGCACUCACAGUUAACCCGUGCAUAAGUAACCAGGAGCAGGUGCUCCUUCAGGGAGAAGAUCGCUUGUACUUGAACUGUGGUGAUGCAAUGCAAACUAAGAAUCCUAGAAGCUCCUCAGCACACUCUGAACAAAAGGCCCUCCGAGAAAGAGGCCAGUUUUCAGAUGGGAGCUUAGAUUCUCAGGGUUUAAGCACUUUACUAGGACACCGACAUUGGCACGUCAUACAGAUCCACAGUACCUAUCUAGAGAUCAACUGGCCUAUAAGGUUUUCAGCCAUUGAUAAGAUGGGGCAGAAUGUAGCUGUAGUUGGCAAAUUUGGUUUUGCACAUUACUCAUUGCUUUCCAAAAAAUGGAGGUUAUUUGGAAAUAUUACCCAGGAACAAAAUAUGACUGUGACUGGUGGCUUAGCAUGGUGGAAUGAUUUCAUUGUUAUUGCAUGUUAUAAUUUGAGUGACCGUCAAGAAGAGUUAAGAGUGUAUUUGCGAACAGCCAAUCUGGACAACGCAUUUGCCCAUAUCACCAAAGUGCAUGCAGAAACGUUAUUACUCAGUGUCUUUCGGGAUAUAGUAAUAUUGUUCAGAGCAGACUGUUCCAUUUGCCUUUACAGUAUUGAAAGAAAGUCUGAUGGUCCUAACCCUACUGCCAGUAUUCAGGUUCUUCAGGAGGUCUCAAUGUCACGUUAUAUUCCUCAUCCUUUCCUUGUUGUGUCUGUCACUCUGACAUCUGUGAGAACAGAGACUGGUAUCAGCUUGAAAAUGCCACAGCAGGCCUGUGAAGCAGAGAGCAUUAUGUUAAACUUAGCAGGACAACUCAUUAUGGUGCAAAGGGAUCGAUCUGGGCCACAGAUACGGGAAAAGGACAGUAGUCCCAACCAAAGGAAACUUCUGCCAUUUUGUGCUCCAGUUGUCCUUGCCCAAUCUGUUGAAAAUGUUUGGACUACAUGCCGUUCUAACAAACAGAAACGACACCUAUUGGAAGCCCUAUGGCUCAGCUGUGGUGGAUCAGGUAUGAAAGUCUGGCUUCCUUUGUUUCCCAGGGACCACCGCAAACCACAUUCCUUUUUGUCAAGACGGAUCAUGCUGCCUUUCCACAUUAACAUAUACCCCUUGGCUGUCCUGUUUGAAGAUGCCUUGGUUCUUGGUGCUGUCAAUGACACUGUGCUCUACGACUGUUUAUAUACUCACAGCAGCGCUACAGAACAUUUAGAGGUUCUCUUCCCUUUCUGUAUUGUUGAGAGAACAUCUCAGAUCUACCUCCAUCACAUUUUACGCCAGCUUUUGGUGAGGAACCUAGGUGAACAAGCCUUGCUUUUGGCUCACUCCUGUGCUGCGUUACCAUACUUUCCUCAUGUGCUAGAACUGAUGCUUCAUGAAGUGCUGGAAGAAGAAGCUACCUCGCGGGAUCCCAUUCCCGACCCUCUACUUCCCACUGUGGCUAAAUUCAUUUCAGAGUUCCCCCUCUUCCUGCAGACAGUUGUUCAUUGUGCCAGGAAGACAGAAUAUGCCCUGUGGAAUUAUCUCUUUGCUGCUGUUGGAAACCCGAAAGACUUGUUUGAAGAGUGUUUAAUGGCCCAGGACUUAGACACAGCUGCCUCUUACCUUAUAAUUCUGCAGAACAUGGAGGUUCCAGCAGUUAGUAGGCAGCACGCAACUUUGCUCUUCAAUACUGCUUUGGAGCAGGGAAAGUGGGAUCUUUGUCGGCACAUGAUCAGAUUCCUGAAAGCUAUUGGCUCAGGAGAAUCGGAAACUCCUCCACCUACACCAACUACUCAGGAACCCAGCUCAAGUGGUGGCUUUGAGUUCUUCAGGCAUCGCAGCAUUAGUUUGUCCCAGUCUGGAGAGAGCCUUCCAGGUGGCAAGUUUAACUUGCAAAAAACCUUAAGUAUGCCCUCUGGUCCAUCUGGGAAAAGGUGGAGUAAGGACAGUGACUGUGCUGAGAAUAUGUACAUUGAUAUGAUGCUCUGGCGACAUGCUCGGCGGCUUCUGGAAGAAAUCAGGCUGAAGGACCUCGGCUCCUUUGCUGCACAGCUGGGCUUCGAGCUGAUAGGCUGGCUGUGUAAGGAGCGCACCAGAGCUGCCCGGGUGGAAGAUUUUGUAACUGCUCUGAAGAAACUGCACAGUGAUUUUCUCUGGCCACUUCCCAUUAUUCCAGUCUGUUCCAUAAAUUCACCUCUCAAGAAUGGAAAAUACAGGACAGUAAUAGGUGAGCAGCUCUUAAAAUCACAGUCUGCUGACAACUUUUUGACCAUGGAGAUGGACACUGGUGUUCCAAAUGUGCCAAGAAGUCACAGCUGGCUUGGCACAAUCAGCUCCUCCCAGAGAGAGAUGGAUGCAGCAUCGUCCCAUGGACCACACAUGCAGGAUGCAAUUCUUUCACCUUUGUUAAAUAAAGGUGAUGAAUGCAGUAUUGGUUCAGCAACAGAUUUGACAGAAACAAGCUCCAUAGUGGAUGGAGACUGGACUAUGGUGGAUGAAAAUUUCUCCACACUGAGUUUGACACAAUCAGAGUUGGAACAUAUCUCUUUAGAGUUGGCCAAUAAAGGGCCACACAAAUCACAAGUUCAACUGCGGUAUUUGCUUCAUAUUUUCAUGGAAGCAGGAUGCCUGGACUGGUGCAUUAUUAUAGGCCUUAUUCUUAGAGAAUCUUCAAUAAUCAACCAAGUGUUUAGCCUCAUGCAGUCCUCAGAGGUUGAUGGAGAGAUGUUGCAGAAUAUCAAGAGAGGGUUGCAUGCAGUAGACAGAUGGGCUUCUACAGACUGCCUUGGGUAUAAGCCAUUUUUAACAGUCAUCAAGCCACAACUCCAGAAGCUGAGUGAGAUAGCAGAGGAACAAGUACCACCAGAAGCCUUUCAGCCAGUGAACCUGUCAAGAGUAACGGAACAAGCCAGUCCAAGGACAGAAGAAAACAGGAGUUCAGCUAGCCACAGUGCCGGUCCCCAAAGUGACACUGGCAGUAGCACCAUGAGCAGAAACGAGGAUGACACCCUUGGACUGGACAAAGAGGAUCCACUCCAGGAAGGCAGUUAUGACUGUACUGUGUCCUAACAGCUUGGCAGCUAUCAGCUGGCUGUACUCAGUAAGAGCACAGAUACAUAAUAAAAGCCUUUUGAGAAUAUUGCUUUUGGGAGAAAGUAAUGCAAGCAUUCAGAUAGUGCUUGAAUGUGUUCUAUUUUAAUGAUUCUUUUUUUAUAUGCAUAUACUAAGAGUCUCCUUGGAAUUUGGGAAUGCAUACUUUCCAGUAAGCAGACAUGGCUCUUAUUUAUGGCUACAUGGAAAGGAAGAAUAUUGUAGUUUUUCAUACCAAGGUUUUAUUUUGAAUAUCUCAUUAUCAGACUUCUUCCUCUGUUCCUAAAAUAUUUCCUCCUUAUGUUUUUGGGUACUUGACUGUGCAGAAGGACAUCUGUUUUACAUCAGUGCACAAAAGUCUUGUUGGAGCCCUUUGGGAUGGAAGAAUGGGUUCAAUGUAGUCUUGGGAGAAGGAAUUGCUUCCUCUGGUAAAUGAGGUGAUGCUUAGAAAAGUGUCUGUCAGCAUGCUUGUUUUUUGAACCCAAACUUUAAAAGUUCAUUGGUGAAGCUAGUUAGGAUGACAGCUGCUUUAUUAUACUAAGAGUUUGUACAUUCUGCCUAGCUUGAUCACAUAAAGAAAAUGAUGGCCUGAUUAAGCUAGGCUCUGUUUCAUAGAUUAUGCUGUUUGAUAUUACUGAGCUUUUUGUAUUAAAUAACUGUAAAAUACAUUGUAUGUUUUGUGAAUAUUAUUGUAUAUUCUCAAGGUUUUUGUUGAUGCUUUGUAUCAUGGUGGAGGCACUCUCUGCCCUGCAUGUUUAUACCUUUAACUCCAGGAAAACAAAAAGCAGUUCUGUUUGCAUCAGGAUGCGACAGGUUUUCAUCAGCUGUUCAUGAAAGUACCAUCAAUUGCUAGAGGUGUCAUUUUUCCAUUGAUCUUCUGAAAUGCAUUCUAAAAUAAUUUUUUAAACCAAUUACUGAAGGUUCUUAUUUAUUUCACUGCUCAAUUCUUUUCUCAAGAAUAGUUUUUAUGUAAAUAGAUCCACCGUAUGUACUCCUGCUGUUAAGGCUUUGUAAUGGCAAUGUACAGUGUAUAUAUUUAAACCCCACCUUGCAAAUAUUUUAUAAUGCAUAUACUUGUAACUAAUUACAAAUGUUUGUUUUAACUUUGAUACAACAAUGUUAUGAAAAGCUGGCUGCAGCGGAAUCUCAUGGUUGCUUUUGAGGUACUUAUUUUUUCUAUCUGCUGUCCCCAAAAUGUGUAAUAUCAAAUACCUGUAACAGUAUUAAAGUUAGACAUUUGUUGGUUUGUACUGUGCAGUUGGAACAAAAAGAAUGCAACACUUCUACUUUUUAUACAAAAACUAACACUUAUUUUUUUAAUGUGGGUGUAAACAGAUUACUGACAUGGACCAAAAUCAUUUAUCAUGCAGAAAUAGAAGCAUCAUUGUCUGCCAAAGCCCCUGUCUAGUUAUUCAGUCUGUUCAUGCAAUUCAACAUGUGAAUUCUGGCCUGAUAAUGUAUUCUGAACAUUCAGAGGGGCAGAAAGAAAUAUUUAUUAUUAUUAUCAUUAUUAUUAUUACUGGUUAUAACUUUGUAUAUUUCUCCAGGAGACAAUAUCAAAUUGUCUUUUAAUGGAUAAAUGUAACUAUAUAAGUUUUAUUGCUGUUGCUUAGUCUUACCAUUGGUAAGACCACUAGUACUGGUACAUGUGCAAUAAUUUUAAAUAAAAUGACAAAGGGUGGAAAUGA